AGGAUGUUCAGCUGGAUGGGGCGGCAGGCGGGCGGGCGCGAGCGCUUGGGCGGCGCGGACGCGGUACAGACGGUGACGGGCGGUCUCCGCUCGCUCUACCUGCGCAAGGUGCUGCCGCUGGAGGAGGCGUACCGCUUCCACGAGUUCCACUCGCCCGCGCUUGAAGACGCCGACUUCGACAACAAGCCCAUGAUCCUGCUGGUGGGCCAGUACAGCACGGGCAAGACUACCUUCAUCAGGUACUUGCUAGAGCAAGAUUUCCCAGGCAUGCGGAUUGGCCCAGAGCCCACCACUGACUCCUUCAUCGCUGUGAUGUAUGGGGAGACUGAGGGCAGCACCCCGGGAAAUGCAUUGGUCGUGGACCCCAAAAAACCAUUCCGAAAACUUAGUCGCUUUGGAAAUGCUUUCCUGAAUCGAUUCAUGUGCUCCCAGCUGCCCAACCAGGUCCUGAAGAGCAUCAGCAUCAUUGACAGCCCCGGCAUCCUGUCUGGGGAGAAGCAGCGCAUCAGCCGAGGGUAUGACUUCUGCCAGGUCCUGCAGUGGUUCGCAGAACGGGUCGACAGGAUCAUCCUGCUCUUCGAUGCUCACAAACUGGACAUUUCGGAUGAGUUCUCAGAAGCCAUCAAGGCCUUCCGGGGCCAGGAUGACAAGAUCCGCGUGGUGCUCAACAAAGCCGACCAGGUGGACACGCAGCAGCUGAUGCGCGUCUACGGGGCCCUCAUGUGGUCACUGGGCAAGGUCAUCAACACACCUGAGGUGCUGCGCGUCUACAUCGGCUCCUUCUGGGCACAGCCCCUGCAGAACACCGACAACCGCAGGCUCUUCGAGGCUGAGGCCCAGGACCUCUUCCGGGACAUCCAGAGCCUCCCACAGAAAGCAGCUGUGCGCAAACUCAAUGACCUCAUCAAGAGAGCCAGGCUGGCCAAGGUACAUGCCUACAUCAUCAGUUACCUGAAGAAGGAAAUGCCAAGUGUAUUUGGAAAGGAAAACAAAAAGAGAGAACUUAUUAGCAGGUUACCAGAAAUCUACAUUCUGCUGCAACGAGAAUAUCAGAUUUCCGCAGGGGACUUCCCUGAGGUCAAGACCAUGCAGGAACAACUUGAGAACUAUGACUUCACCAAAUUCCACUCACUGAAGCCCAAGCUGAUCGAGGCUGUGGACAAUAUGUUGAGCAACAAGAUCUCAUCCCUGAUGAACCUCAUCAGCCAGGAGGAGAUAAGCAUGCCCACACAGCUGGUGCAAGGUGGUGCCUUCGAUGGCACAACAGAGGGCCCCUUCAACCAGGGCUACGGGGAGGGUGCCAAGGAAGGUGCUGAUGAGGAGGAGUGGGUCGUGUCCAAGGACAAGCCUGUCUAUGACGAGCUCUUCUACACGCUGUCACCUGUCAAUGGCAAGAUAACAGGCGUCAAUGCCAAAAAGGAGAUGGUGACCUCCAAGCUGCCCAACAGUGUCCUGGGCAAGAUCUGGAAGCUGGCCGACUGUGACUGUGAUGGCAUGCUGGAUGACGAGGAGUUUGCACUGGCCAAGCACCUCAUUAAGAUCAAGCUGGACGGCUACGAGCUGCCCAACAAUCUGCCCCCUCACCUCAUACCCCCCUCUCACAGGAAGUUCCUGCAGAAGGCCGACUGAAGGGUGGCCGACAAACGGGGUGGGCGGGGCGGCCUGGGAACCAGGGACCUGGACCUGAGGUCCACUCUAUCAUUAGCUAAGGACCCUGCCCAAAGCACUGCCCCUUCUGGCCUCAGCUUUCCCAUCUGUAGAAUGGAGAGGACAGGCACCGGACACAAGAUGGUCUCUAUGGUCCUUUCACCUCAAAAAUGCCCUGAGUUUCUAUUGCCAUGUGGGGAGGGUAACAAGAUUAAAGGUGGAGAAGAAUGGGAAAUUGUCCAAAGAGUGCUCAGAAACCUGGAGAGACAGCUGUGGAGUGGGGGCUGGCUUUGUGGAAUCCCAGGCACC